AUGUCUAGCACAACUACCACGCAGACCGGUCCUCCCAGCAAAGCGAACAUUGGAGUCUACACGAAUCCCCAACAUGAUCUCUGGAUCGCAAAUGCACUUCCAAGCCAGGAAGAAGUGGAAAAGGGCGAAAGCCUGAAACCCGGCGAAGUCACAGUCGCGAUCAAGAGUACAGGAAUUUGCGGAUCCGAUGUCCACUUCUGGCACGCAGGCCGCAUAGGCCCGAUGAUAGUCGAAGACGAACACAUCCUCGGCCACGAAUCCUCUGGCAUAAUCGUCGCCAAACACCCGUCGGUGACAACGCUCUCCAUCGGCGACCGCGUCGCAGUAGAACCCAACAUCAUCUGCGGCGAAUGCGAACCCUGCCUGACAGGAAAAUACAACGGCUGCGAGUCCGUAGAAUUUCGAAGCACACCUCCAAUCCCAGGCCUCUUACGUCGCUACGUCAACCAUCCUGCCGUCUGGUGCCAUAAGAUCGGAGACAUGAGCUACGAAGACGGCGCGCUGCUCGAACCUUUGAGCGUUGCGUUGGCCGGGAUGCAGCGCGCGAAGAUUACUUUGGGGGAUAGUGUUUUAGUGUGUGGAGCGGGGCCGAUAGGAUUGGUGACUUUGGCUUGCGUGAAGGCUGCGGGCGCCGAACCGAUCGUCAUUACGGAUAUUGAUGAAGGGAGAUUGAAAUUUGCGAAAGAGUUCUGUCCGAGUGUGAGGACGCAUAAGGUGGAAUUCAGCGACACGGCGGAAAUGUUUGCGGAGAAGAUUGUGAAGUUGGCGGAGGGCGUGGAGCCGGCUGUUGUGAUGGAGUGUACUGGUGUUGAGUCUUCGAUUGCUGGAGCUAUUCAUGCGGCCAAGUUUGGCGGCAAGGUUUUUGUGAUUGGGGUGGGGAAGCCGGAGAUUAAGAUUCCUUUUAUGAGGCUGAGUACCAGAGAGGUGGAUCUUCAGUUUCAGUAUCGGUAUGCGAAUACUUGGCCGCGAGCGAUCAGGCUGUUGAGGGGAGGGGUGCUGGAUUUGUCGAAGUUGGUUACGCAUCGGUUUACUUUGGAGAAUGCGGUUGAUGCGUUCAAGGUUGCGGCUGAUCCUAAGCAGGGUGGUAUCAAGGUUAUGAUUCAAAGUAUGGAAGAGGGAGAGAAGUGA